UCUUCGGAACACAAAUUAAGAUAUUUUUCAUAAAAUCUGAUGGCUCAGUGAGGCCUCCAUUGCCAGCAAGACAAUUAACACUUUCAAUGCCCAGAAAGCUACUAAAGACGUAUUUAAAACAGUUCAUGUGACUACAGUGGUUCAACCUUAAUGUUAUGAAGUGACAAGAAUACUUUUUGUGAAAAUUCUGUCAUUAUUUACUCACCCUCAAGUUGUUCCAAACCUGUAUAAAUUUGUUCUGCUGAACACAAAGGAAGAUAUUUUGAAGAAUGUUUGUAACCAAACAGUUGUGGGGAACCAUUGACUUGUGUAGUAUGAAAAAAAGAAAGAAAAAAAACUACUAUGGAAGUCAAUGGUGCCCUACAACUGUAAAUGAUGACAGAAUUCAUUUUUAGGUUAACUAUAAUGUACAUUCCUGACUUUUUUGUGCACCGUUCAUCAGUGCAAUGAAAAAAUAUCUUUGAAAUACUUUAUUAUCAGCAUCCACCAGGCCCUCUUAUUUUUCAAACCCUCCCCUCUAACCAACAUUUCACUAUCCAAUCCCGUUGGAUAAAAUCAUACCUGACUUUUUUUUUAAAUAAAUUUUUAUGUUGUUUCUCUUAUAUUUUGAAAGUAAAACAUGACGCAGUGGCGGUUUCAUGUUGACUUCAAUAACAAAAAUCAUCUAAUUGUAUUCCAUAAUAUUCCAUCAUAGAAAUUCACAUGAGCUGGAGGCCUGGAGGUCAGCAGUAUUAUUUGUCCUUUUGAAAUGAAAUAUAAAUAGCAUGCAGGUUAUCAAUUACACAUUACCCACCCAAAGCUUGUGAAUAAUUGAACAUAUCCUUUGGACAAGAGAGCUGAGCAGAAGAAAAGAGGCCAUUUAUGUUUACUUUAUUGAAAAUUACAUUAUUCAAUGCGCAAACACUGCUGGACCAUCAAUGAAAGCUGAUCUCUGAAAACAACACUCUAGUUUUCUGCUCUUUAUAGCACACUGUGCGUACAUAUCAAGUUCUAUCCGGUGGAUUUGGUUUAUUCAUAUUUGUUUUCCUCUUUGAUGAAUGUGAUCUGGUCAAUGGGGUGAAUGAAAAGCUGUCCUAGUUAUGAGUCUCUCAUUUAGAUCACAGAGACAUUCCCAUCUCUGCUCAUGCUUUCCAUAGCCAGCAUACCUCCAGAGCUCUCGCUCAAAACACGUGUGUGCGCUUUUCUCAUGCCUCAUAUCUCCGCACAUCAUCCAUAUGCAGAGCAGAAUGAGAGAGGGAGAAAAAGCCGCUGUCUCUUUUGCGCUGGAUGGCCUCCAAGUCUGUGGCAGCAAAGUGAACAGUGACCUCUCUCUCACCUCUUCCUGCCUAAAUGCACAUGCACAGGCUCCCUUCCAUAUUUCAUACCAGAAAUACAUCCCCAGACAGUAUUUUACACCCAGUGUGGAAGGCAGCCGUCAAGUCCAGGAGGAGAGGGCAGGGCCUAAAUCAGCUUCGUGCACGCCAGCCUGGCCACCAGAGCCAAGAAAAACAGCCAUCACUAUCGUACUGUCAUCUGGAGGAACAAGCCUCACUGUUCUGUUCUCCUACAGUGGAUUAACCACAAGCUCGUGAAAAUAUGACGACUCUGCCAUGUACUGGUGAGAUUAAACUUCUUGAAAUGGGAGGUGUGCUUAAGUCCUUUUGGCACAGUUUUAGUCCUCAAUAAACAUGUCAUAUGUACAACUGGCACAGUGCCUGUGUCAACUCAAUGUGGAAAAUACAUGACAGAGAACCACAUAUAUGGAGUAUACAGGGUACAAUUAUUCAUUAACACGUUCUCGUCAUACAUAAUAGGAAAAGCGAUCACACCAGCUGCAACAUGUCUCAACAGUACAGUCAGGGUGUGAAUAAUGGGGGUGGGGACUCUGUCCACCCUAAUUAAGGAACCUCAAAAAGCGGGGGGUCUUAAAAGUGUGUAUUUUUUUCACAUGUAAGAAUAUGUUUCAGUAACCCCAAAAAGUUAGAUUAGAAAUAAGUAAUAAUGGUACUAUCCGGUACUAAAGGGUGGAGCUAGACUCACUGCAGAACGUUGAUUGGUUGACAGAGAAUCGUCACUUGCGCGUGCUACAAGGGGAAUGACAACAGAAGAGGUGCCAUUUUUUAAUAAAGUUGAAACACAAUACCCUUUCUUCUUGUGACAAACAGCCACAUGCCAAGAAGCAAGAACAAGAUCUGCUCUAUGUCAUCCAUUGUUAUUUAAUGUGUCGCUUUCUUCUUCGAGUGAGAAUGACAUCGAUCGCUACUUUCCGGCAUACACCACGCCUAUCAAGUAAGGGUACUGUUGGCGGUGGAAACGCAAGCCGGAGUUUACAGUCCCGAAACAUACUGAACUGUACUGUACUGUCCGGUACCGCUCGGUGAAAACGAGGCAUAAUAUGUACCAUUUAGGUGCUAUAUUGGUACCAAUAUGUACCUUUGAAGUACUAAUAUGGACUCUUUAGGUACAAAGGUGUACCUUUUAAAGGGGUACCACCCCAGUGAAAGCUUUUGUACCUUUUUUUCUGAUAGUGUAGCCAAAAACUGCUCAAUCACUGCCUGUUAAAGUUGGCAUGAAAUGGAAAUUCUCCCUAUUUUCUAAAAGCAUAUAAAUCAUCUUAUUAGCGUUGUUAGCGAUUUAUCCAUACAUGUUUAAUUUUUUUUUUUAAAUUACCUCGUAACUGUUUUUCAAAAUAUCAUGUCAUGCCGGAUUUCUCCAAUUAUUUAGUCUGCUUAAACCCCGCCCCUUCCUUACAGUUGUCUGUAAGCUUGCAUAUAGAUUUGCCUUCAUCCAAUCAACAAACGUUGAUUUACAUUUUUUUUUUUUUUUUUUUUCCUACAUUGUUUUCUUUUCCAAUAAUCUGUUUCACUUGGAUAUGUCACUACUUUCUUUGCAUCACAAUGUCCCACUCUACAUUUUUAUCAGUGGCUACGUUAACAUGCACCCUUAUAAUGCAAUAAUAAUGAGAUUUAGGCAAUAUUGCGAUUAAACUUCACCUCAUGGAAACAACACUUCAAAUAAUUGCUGCAAUUAAGCUUAUAAUAGUAGCAACCAUAAUUGUAGUAAAAUAUGUGGCCUAUACCAAUUUUAAUCAUAACAAACAGGCAUGUAAACACUUUAAUUGCAUCUGUUCCACUCUGAAAGAGCACAUGUGCUUGUGAUGUAAACGGAUGAUGUGUCAUGCUCAUGCAGUGAUUUGUAAAUAUGGCGGUAAAGAAGGCAUCACAUAUUUGGGGUGCUGAAGAAAAUGAGUUCAGCGUUGACAGCAUUGCGUAACAUGAAUAUAUAAUGCAUUAUAUUGACGGUUGAAAACAUUGAAGUGGAGACAUUGGAGACACUUCCAUAUUUUAAUAUUCUUAGGAAUUAUCAGAAUGAUGAAAAUUGCAUGUAAACAGGACUGAAGAGGUUUGCUCAUGUAAGCAUCUUACUGCGAUUUAGCCCUUACUCUGAAUAUUGGAAAUAAUCACAUUAUUGGUACACAUGUAAACAUAGUCACUGAAUGUCUAGCAUCAGAUAAGAUGGGUUGCAAGCAGCAUUUCACAUUGACUUUAACCUUUAGUUGAAUUUAUUGCCUUUGGCAGAGACUUCUGCAUCUGUUGCUUUUCAGUGCUAUUCAAUACCUGCUUUUUUUCCAACCCAGUAUUUCAUCUUUUUCCAAUUUUUCAACCUUUUGUCAUUUUACACUCUUACCUGGCAAGUAAAUGAUAUAAUCUGCCAUUUUCAUUUUUUCCAUUAUCUCAUUCUGCCAUAAUUCAUACUGGAUAUGUCCUACCAAGGGUCUGUGUUUAAUUUAGCUGAAGUCAUUCUAAAGUUUCCUCAAGCUGAAUGUAAAAUUGUAAAAAAAAAAAAAAAAAACUGAUGUUUCAGUUUCAUCUUAUCAUCAAGAUCAGCAUCUGCUUUGGAUCAUCAAAAUAUCUUUUCCUAAGCAUUAUUUCUUGAUAUUUGUCUCUCUCUAUCCUCUUUUCACCCCUAUAGUUAUAUCCACCUUCUCACUGUAGUGCAUCAUUGUUGUUUGGCUGGCCUUACUGUAAACCUAAGGACUGGGGGCUUUGGUCUCUCCCUCUCUCUCUCUCUCUCUCUCUCUCCCUCUCUCCCUCUCUCUCUCUCUCUCUCUCUCUCUCUCUCUCUCUCUCUCUCUCUCUCUUUCUUGCCUGCCUGCAAGGCUCAAACCAGCUCUGGAAAGUUUUCCUCAGUCUUAAUCCUGGCAUAGUUAUUCCACUCUAUGUACGUGUUUAUGAAGUCCUGACAAAAUCCUUCCUCUUCAGCCUCUCCCUCUCUCCUUCACUUCCCCUCUUUCUCCCUCUGGGGCUCCAAUUGCAGAGAUUUAAUUUCAGCUCUCCUGUCUAAAGGGGAAAGAUUCUAGUACUUUGUAAGGACAGAAAUGGAGCUGUUUUUAAACUCUAUAUUUUAAACUAUUUUUUUUACUGUGUGUUUUGAAGUUUGUUUGCCCAUAUAAUCUUUAAGCUAUUAAGGUUAAAUGUAUUUGGCUUGCUGUCGCAGUGGAGGGGCUCCAGAAGCAGCUUCAACUCGAGCUUAGAUAUACCCCCCAGUGGGACUACUGAUGCUUGGAAGAUGAGUCUGGUAGCAAGAUGCCUACAUGAUGGUGGAGUUGGGGAGGUGGAAGGAUGCCAAAACAGCUGAUGCCAGAGCAAGAUGUUCAAAAUCACCCAAGAAAAGAUUCUACGACAUCUGAGAGUGUCAGGGGUGGCGGAGGACGAGCAAGACCGUACCCUUCACCAUCCCGCAGGAGACACCGAACUACCUUCAGCAAUGAGCAGCUGGAACAACUGGAGUUAGCUUUCAGACAGAACCACUAUCCUGAUAUCUAUUAUAGAGAGGAGCUCGCGAGAGCCACCAAACUCAACGAGGCUCGCAUACAGGUAUGGUUCCAGAACCGCCGUGCCAAGCAGCGGAAGCAGGAUCGUAUUACCCAGAAAGUGCUGCCAGUGGGCAUAGUGCCAGGGCGAGGGCCUCUCUUUAGCAGUAUGUGUGUGUCUUCCUCUGCCAUGGGGCGGCAGUACCAAUGCCCUCAUUCCCUGCCACACAUCCCCCGAUUCUCUUCAGUGCUGCCCCCUGGAGGCUACCCACCCCAUCCGUCCUCCAGCAAUCAUUUCUCCUGCCCCUCCAGCUCUGCUCCAUCACAAGCUACCAGACAGCCUGAUGACUGGUACAAUCAGCUGCGCAACAUCGGAUCAUCCACUACUUCAGUGCUCUCACUGGCCUCUGUGUCAGCGCUGGAAACCACUAGUCACUGGAACUAGAGCAAGUGCUGAUGGGUUAUUGAGUAGCCGUAAACUCUUUUAUCUUCCCUUUUGUACAAGAAGCUACAGAACAAAUGAUAAAGUUUUUUUCAAUGACAAAGCAA